AUGGCUGAUUCCCGUGCUUCUCGCCCCAUCGAGGACUUCUUUGUCAACCCGGCCUUCAACUUCGACUUCAACUUCAACUGCGACACUCGACAUCAACAGUCCAAGAUGGUCGACAACAACAAUCUUUACACUGGUGCUACCAAUCAGUACAAUGACUGCUGGUUCACCUCUACCAAGGCCUUGAACUCGGAUGGCAAGGCACCUACAGCAGUCACUCAUCUGGUCAACAACUCGUCGCAAUUACGCGGGUACACCUCCGACGAGGAGACAGCUUCUCCUAUCGACGACGACAACUCCAGUGUAUACUCAGACUACAGCGGCAUCAGCGACUUUACCUUACCGGAAGCUCUUGCUGAAAGCUGCAACCAAGUCGAACAGCAAUGCAGUGAGGCACAAGCGGUAAAGAUCCAGUCAGCCGGCAAGGCCAAAGUGGUUUCACUGCCAAAGCUCGUCGACAUUCCCUCAAGGCGUGGAGUAGUCCGACCAGCAAGCAUCAGUCUAAACCCCAAUUCAAGCUCCAGGCGCAACUCAGCAAUGCAGCAAAGUGUUCGAAGCAGCGAAGACAGCCACCAUGGAUCUGUCAACUCGUCAGUAAUGGACUCACCCGCAUCUACCGCCCCGAGUUCAUUAAUCAUCGACCGCUCGCUUGAAGUCAAACGACGAUCAAGCGUUGCUUCCCGACAUGUACCACUUUUGGAAGCCGCUCGUGCCAUCUCACCAACAACGCCAUAUCCAACUUCAACGCCAAGCACACCACUGGAGCCACGAUCUGUUGGUCUCAUUAAGCGCGAGAACACUGUAUCGAGCCAGCGAUCAAAUUCCACCACAUCAUCCUUGAAGCUCCCGAUAAAGCGCAUGAACAAGUUAUCGUCCAACUUCAGUCUAAACCGGAUCGGCAAGGAAUUUCGGGACACUUUCGUACCGAAGGAUGCAGCACGCAGAAGCUACCUGGAGGAUGUCAAAGAACCGGAACCCGUCAUGGUCACACAACAGGCGCCGCAAUCGCCGCGCAAUUCGAGCAUCAGUAAGCCGAAGAUGGUCGCUCGCGCAGCGAACGAGCGAGCACCGACGAUUGAGCUGCCGCCGUUUCCGGGUGACCAAGACGAUUUCUCGAGUGACUGGCCGCUGAAGCUUGGUGCGACGUCGUCGUUUCCAAAGAUGAGGAGUGUAUCUAACAGAGUCGCUUCUGAUGCCUAG